CCCAUCCAUCCAUUCGCGCAGCCGUCAACGCGCAUUACACUCAUCGCAACACCGCGCAUACAAGCCAAGCCUAGAUCGCAGGAGUGAUUGGAUCGUCAGACGAGCAAGCAAACAAGAUGGCCGCUGCGCCUCGAACCAUCUACGACAAGUGCUUCGACGCUCACGUAGCUCACAAGACGGAGGAUGGCACAGUCAUCCUCUACAUCGACCGCCACCUGGUGCACGAGGUGACCUCUCCUCAAGCGUUCGAGGGCUUGAGGAAUGCCGGUCGAAAAGUUCGUCGACCAGACUGCACCUUGGCCACCGUCGAUCACAACAUUCCCACCGUCUCGCGCAAGUCGUACAAGGACAGCAAGACGUUCGUCGAGGAAGCCGACUCUCGCACCCAAGUAGUAACGCUCGAGGACAAUGUCAAGGAGUUUGGUCUCACCUUUUUCGGUCUCUCAGACGCCAGGCAAGGCAUCGUGCACAUCAUCGGUCCAGAGCAAGGCUUCACCCUGCCUGGUGCCACCAUUGUGUGCGGAGAUUCUCACACUUCCACACACGGUGCCUUUGGCGCCCUUGCUUUCGGCAUCGGAACAUCCGAGGUGGAACAUGUGCUCGCUACGCAAACCAUCCUGCAGAAAAAGGCAAAGAACAUGCGCGUUCAGGUCGAGGGCCAGCUGGGUCCAGGCGUCAACUCCAAGGACAUUAUCCUACACGUCAUCGGCAUCAUUGGCACUGCAGGUGGUACGGGUGCUGUCAUCGAAUUCUGCGGCUCCACCAUCCGCAGCCUGAGCAUGGAGGCACGCAUGUCCAUCUGCAACAUGUCCAUCGAGGCAGGCGCCAGAGCGGGCAUCAUCGCCCCCGACGACACCACGUACGAGUACAUCAAAGGUAGACCCUUGGCUCCAAAGCAAGGUCCAGAGUGGGAUGCCGCUGUGGCUUACUGGAGGUCGCUGCCAUCCGAUGAGGGCGCUCACUACGACAUUGACGUGCAGGUCAAAGCAGCGGAUAUCCCCCCUACCGUCACUUGGGGAACCAGCCCUCAAGAUGUGGCUCCCAUCACUGGCAGCGUACCGGAUCCCAAAAAUGCCAAAAAUGAGACUCAAGCUAAAGCCUGGACUCGUGCUCUCGAAUACAUGGGUCUCGAAGCAAACACUCCGCUGGACAAGAUCAAGAUCGACAAGGUAUUCAUCGGCUCUUGCACCAAUUCUCGCAUCGAGGAUCUUCGACAAGCGGCUUCCAUUCUGCACGGCAAGAAAGUGGCCGAUGGACUGUACUGCAUGCUGGUGCCCGGCUCAGGGUUGGUCAAGAAGCAAGCUGAAGCAGAAGGCCUAGACAAGAUCUUCCAAGCGGCAGGCUUCGAUUGGAGAGAAGCUGGCUGCUCGAUGUGUCUCGGCAUGAACCCCGAUCAGCUGCAGCCCGGGGAGAGGUGCGCCUCCACUUCCAACCGCAAUUUCGAAGGCAGGCAGGGCGCUGGUGGAAGGACGCACCUGAUGAGUCCUGCGAUGGCUGCUGCGGCUGCCAUCACCGGCUACCUCACAGACGUUCGAAAGCUCACAAAUGGCACGCGCGUCGGAGAGGAUGCCUCUAAGCCGGAAUACAAUGUUCAGAUAACAGAUGCAAAGAGCUACUUGACCGACAAGCCCCUUCCUCCACCUGCUCCCCUCAAGAGGGUGCCCGCCGAUACGGAUGAGGAUGCCAUCAGAGAUGUGCCCGCCUCCCAGACUGCUACCGCAGGUGGCGGAAUGCAAAAGUUUACAGUCGUCAAGGGUAUUGCUGCCCCCAUCGACCGCGCGAAUGUGGACACUGACCUGAUCAUUCCCAAGCAGUUCCUAAAGACGAUCAAGCGCUCGGGUUUGGGCUCCGCCUUUUUCUGGCCCGCCAGGUACGACGUCAAGACGGGCGAACCUUUGGCCGACUUUGUGCUCAAUCAAGCACCUUUCAACAAAGCGCAGAUUCUGGUGGCGUGGGAGAAUUGGGGUUGCGGAUCAUCGAGAGAACACGCUGCGUGGGCCAUGCUCGACUUUGGUAUCCGGGCCGUCAUCGCGCCAAGCGUCGCCGAUAUCCACAAGACCAACCUGGCCAAAAACGGUAUCGUGGCGGCGAUCCUGAAGCCCGAAGAGGUCAAGGAGGUGAUGGAAGCAGCAAAAGCGAAGCAAGAGGUGAUUGUGGACCUUGAACAGAACCAGGUGAUUCUUCCUGAAUCUUCCAACAAGGCUUUCGAGUUCCACGUCGACUCCUUCACGAGGCACUGCCUGCUUAAUGGACUGGACGACAUUGAUUUGACCAUGGAGAAAGAGAACUUUAUCAAGAGCUUUGAGCAGGAAAGGACCAAGGACACGCCGUGGCUCGAUGGAUUCGGAUACGAAGCUACGGGAGCUGCGACAAAGCUUCAACCCGUUGUCGAUGCUGCCAAGAGCGCCGCCAAGAAGGUGACUGGCACCGAUUGGUAGAGGAAUGUCGGUCGACUCUUCGUUCGCCUGACUCUUGCAUUGCGAAAUUAAGGUCCUUGGCCUCUUUUUCCCCCCUCUAAAAGAAAGAUUCGCCCUCUGACUGCGAAUGUCAUCCGUCAUCUAC